AUGUUCAUUCUUCUGGGUCCUACGCUCUUCGCCGCAACAAUCUACAUGACUCUCGGUCGAGUCAUCCGUCGAGUUCAAGGAGAACACCUUUCUGUCAUUCGGGUGUCCCGCCUCACAAAAACCUUUGUCUGGGGCGACGUGUUGUCCUUCAUUGUCCAGGGAAAUUCCUCAUCUCUCUCGGUUCUGGGAUACCCCCAGUGGGGAAAGGUUUGCGUUAUUGCUGGUUUGGCGAUUCAACUCAUUUCAUUUUCCCUGUUCUGGGUAACCGCCAUCAUUUUCGCAAAGCGUCUUCGUCGUACACCCACAGCCGAGUGCCUCAAGCCUGGUAUUCCAUGGCAACGAUCGUUACACAUGCUAUAUGCUGUCAGUGCCCUCAUUUUGGUCCGUUCUAUUUUCCGGAUCAUUGAAUAUGUUAUGGACAAUGAUGGUUAUCCUCUUAUGCAUGAGUGGACAUUGUAUGCUUUUGACAGUGUGCCAAUGGCUGCUGUUAUGGUCAUCUUCUUCAUUUGGUAUCCUGACCAGAUGAGACUUGAUGUGGACACUGAGAGGAGCAUACCACUUGCACACACUUAUUCUGAAGUUUGA